CGCAUCACUUUACAUCUUUCAAAUUGGCUUCUUCUCAAACAAUAGGCGCAAAUAGCGUCUUUCUCUUUCAAUGUCUCUUCUCAAUUUAUCUCACAAUAUGAGUUUCCAGUCUCAAUCUUUCCACAAAACUCGAACAAACCGCUGUGUAAUUGAGAGAUUUAUUCUCUCUCGCUCCUUCUCACACAAUCGUCGCCGAAUGUUCCCACAAAUCUCGAACAAUCGGCUGUGUAAUUGGGAGAUUCAGUCUCUCUUUCAAUUUCCAUGGCACAAAUUAGGGAGGUGCUUCAUCCAUGGCUGCAACAAAUUUGGGAGGUGCUUCAUCCAUGGCUGCACCCCACACUAUAGAUUAUAUUUAAUUCCAUCUGAAAAUCCGCAUCACUUUACAUCUUUCAAAUUGGCUUCUUCUCAAACAAUAGACGCAAAUAGCGUCUUUCUCUUUCAAUGUCUCUUCUCAAUUUAUCUCACAAUAUGAGUUUCCAGUCUCAAUCUUUCCACAAAACUCGAACAAACCGCUGUGUAAUUGAGAGAUUUAUUCUCUCUCGCUCCUUCUCACACAAUCGUCGCCGAAUGUUCCCACAAAUCUCGAACAAUCGGCUGUAUAAUUGGGAGAUUCAGUCUCUCUUUCAAUUUCCAUGGCACAAAUUAGGGAGGUGCUUCAUCCAUGGCUGCAACAAAUUUGGGAGGUGCUUCAUCCAUGGCUGCACCCCACACUACAUAUCCAUGGUUCAAGACUAUUCUUCUACAAGUGGGCUUUAGAAAUUGCAGAGAGAAAGAAAAGUUGCAGGUCAUUCUUCGUCCGUGGAGCAAGAACAGAAUGGCCGGCGUCCACGCAACAAUGAAAGAACUGCACAAGGCCUCCAAGCAUAGAUUCUUUAACCGCAAAUGGAACGGCCGAAUGGGAAUAUUAGAGAAUCUUGAUCGUAUUCGUUUUUUAUGGCUUAGGACCAUGGAAUACGGACGACAGGUUAGUGAUAUUGAGGCUGCACUUAAAGUUGUUGAUUCCGUUCCGCAAGAUCUCUACUACACUGUCGCCGAGAUAUAUAAUUAAAUGAUCGUUAAAAGACCGGGGCGCAUUGACAAAAUUAACUUUGAGCGUUUCAAGAUCGCCUUGGAGGACAAAUUUAGAGCUCUAUAUCUGGGUGUCCAAGUUAUCGACGAAAACUACGAACCAAUUGAGAUAAGUGAUUCGGAGGAGGAUCCAUCCGAAGAUGAGGCGGAAUUGAUGGACGAGUGUGAAGAUUAGUUAGUUUUUUAUGAAAUAUUACAAUUCCCGUUCGUGUGUUUUAUUUAAAUAAGUGCAGUAUGGUUUCAUGCAUAGUUGAUUUAAUAAAACUUAAGAAUUU